CCUAUGAGCGUUGCAGAAUACAGUGGUGGACGGCUCACUGUGUCCUGUACUCUGUUUAACGUUGAUACCAUAACAGUUCUAAAUAUAAGCAAAGGCGGAAUACUUGUUGGUUCGAUACUAAAUCCGACAAACCAAACAGCUGUCUCCAAUAUAAAUAUUGUAAUAAGCCCAUCAUUCAUGCAGUUAACGAUUAUUAUGACAAACUGCAGCGUUGAAGGGUCUUAUACAGUCACCAUAAACAACGGCACGUCAGGAUCGUUUACUACAUGGUUGCUCGUCAAUGCUACUUCACCAUUAAUGACGGUGGCACGAAAUAAGUGGCUUAACCAGCCGUUCACCAUAACGUGCAGAGGGAACGUCGGACGCCUCAUCGGAGGGUCCUACAUGUCAAAACUCUACAUUCAGUGGGGCGGUCAGCUUAAGAAAGAAAACCUGUAUAGAGUCGCAUCUCCGCCAAUAUGUAAUGACGAAUGCCAGUGUUCUGAAACAAUAGAAAUAGCAAUAACAGCAAAUGAGACAUGGAACAACACGGAAGUGCGAUGCAUUGCUCUCGACAAGAACGAUACUGUCAUAGCUGCAUCAGUCAGUGAAGCCAUCAUACUUGCAGAAUCAGAAUCAGGUAUGUUACAGCAUGUGAUAGUGAAACCAUUGUCCUUGCAGAAUCAGAAUGAGGUAUGUUACAGUAUGUGA